CGUACUUCCGACGACUAAACUGGUGUGUUGACAAAUGGAGGAGUGACCACAGCAGCUCUGGGCGAGUGACGGCGGUCUCCUCUACAAGCGCUUCGCCAGAAAUGAAGAGCCAACAGAAAAGCCCAGAACCAGACGGAGCUGUUACCGUCAGCGAGGAAGGGUCUGUUGCCACUGCAGAGGAUCCUGCAGCCAUCGCCACCAUCCAGUCCGCUGCAACGUUCACUGACCAACCCAUCAAAUACCUGUUCAAGACGGAAGGAGCUGGGGGCCAGGUGACCUACAGAGUGAUCCAGGUGUCAGAUGGCCAGUUGGAGGGUCAGACUGAUGGAGGUGCUGCCGUCAGCCUCGUCGCCGGUUUCCCUGCAACUACCCAGGCUGUCACGCAGGCCGUCUUUUCUCAGUCAGAGGCGAUGGAGGGGGAUGGCAGCGCUGAGACACAGUACACUUAUUACCCAGCCACCAUUGCAGAUGCUACUACCGGCACCAUGGUGACCACAGUGCAGGCGUCUGACACUCUGCUGGGACAGACCACACCCACAGGCCAGGUUUAUGUGAUGAUGUCACCCCAGGAAGUUUUGACGGGAUCCAAUCAAAGGACAAUCGCACCUCGAACCCAGCCAUACAUCGCGAAGCAGGAGGCUCCUCGGGGCUCCAGGGAUGAGAAGCGGCGAGCCCAGCACAACGAAGUUGAGCGCAGGCGCAGAGACAAGAUCAACAACUGGAUCGUCCAGCUUUCAAAGGCCAUCCCAGACUGCAACGUGGACUACACCAAGACAGGCCAGAGUAAAGGGGGGAUCUUAUCAAAAGCCUGCGAGUACAUCAAGGAGCUCCGACAGAAAAACCUGAAGCUGGGGGAGGAUGUCGGUGUUCUGGAUCGUCUGCGGGUCGACAACCAGCUGCUCAGACAGGAGGUGGAAGACUGGAAGUCCAAGAACCAGAUCUUGAGGAACCUUCUGCGUCAGCAUGGCAUCGUGGGAUCAUCCAGCACAGACCCUCAGUGAGAGGCCAGCUGUUGGCCAGGAGUAUCCAAGGACAACCGCAUAUGGGCCAAAAGACUUGAAAUGCUUUGAGAUUCUUGUCAUCAAGCAUGCAUGAAAUGUGUGAUGGAGGGGGAAUUUUGUCCUGAAUAUUCAAAUUCACCUUCUCUGAACUCUGAUUAGGAUUGUUUCUGAAACAUUUCAGAGCAUUUUAAACCCUUCACCUCAUACCUACAAUCAUAACGUGAGAGAAGCCCUCAUGACUUCCUCCACAAACACGAUUGUCAGCCUCCAGUACAGUAAGCUCUACAACACGACCAUGGACGCCCGCAGUCUGUCUGCUUCAGCUCUGCAGUACUGUGCUUCGUAUCAAAUGCACUCUUUUUAACGCCUCCAAACGUAUGCAUAUCUUUUAUUAAGUGUCACUUUGACCUGCUCGUACCAAGUUUGUCAUUUAAAUGAUAGUUUGGGGUCUUUUUUUGUGUUUCAUGAAGGGGACAAAAAUGUCGUUGCAGCAAUGUAAGUAAUGAGGUAAAUGGGUUGUAAGCUUGACGUUGUGUAGACUGGAUGUCUUUAUAAUAAAAAUGAUUAACUCUA